AGAGAGAGAGAGAGAGAGAGAGAGAGAGAUGGAAGAGGAGAGGCUGGUGCAAGGUCAAGUAGAAAUAUUCCGACAACUCUUUGCAUUCGCAGACUCGAUGGUACUCAAGUGUGCAGUCGAGCUUGGGAUCGCAGACAUAAUCCACCGGAACGGCCGCCCCAUGACCUUGCACCAGAUAGCAGCUGAGCUGCCGGCAACCUCACCGGACAUCGGCUGCCUCUUCCGCAUCAUGAGGCUGCUGGUCAGGAAACAUAUCUUCGUGCAGCACGAUCCGCCCGCUGGUGAUGGAAUUAACGCCCAGCCCGAGUUCGGUCUAACGCCAGCCUCGAGGUGGUUGGUCAAGGAUGGUGAGCUCAGUCUGGUUCCUAUGGUCCUCUGGGAAAACCAUCCUUCUGCUUUGGCUCCAUGGCACUGCCUCAGCAAGUGCGUGCAAGAGGGAGGUGUAGCCUUCGAUAUGGCUCAUGGAGUAGAUAUUUGGGGAUAUGGAGCUGUCAACCCUGAAUGUAACCAGCUAGUCAACUCUGCUAUGGCUUGUACGAGCAAAAUCAUAGUGAAGGUAGUCAUGGCUAAGUAUGAGCAUGGGUUCAGUAGGCUUGGCUCGCUUGUCGAUGUCGGUGGCGGCACCGGAGCAGCCAUUGCAGAGAUAGUGAAGGCCUGCCCACACUUGAAAGGUAUCAACCUGGACCUCCCCCAUGUUGUUGCUACCGCACCAGAGUACCAGGGGAUCACUCAUGUGGCCGGCGACAUGUUUAUGGAGAUUCCCAAGGCUGAUGCCGUCUUCAUGAAGUGGCUAUUGCAUGAUUGGAGUGACGAGCACUGCAUAAAGAUAUUGAAGCAAUGCAAGAAAGCAAUUCCACAUGAAUAUGGGAAGGUCAUAAUACUGGAUGCUGUGCUGCAGUCCAAUGUCAAAGAAGAUGCAUGGGAAGAUACUAGAAUGGUGUUUGAUGUGACAAUGAUUGCACACACUUCGGGAGGGAAGGAGAGGACAGAAGUGGAGUGGAGGAAGCUGCUCAAGGAUGGAGGGUUCAACCGUUGCAACAUCAUCUCCCUCCCUACUGUUGCAUCACUAAUUGAAGCUUUUCCCAAUUGAAUGCUAAAAACAUGAGCAUGCCAUAGGACUUGUGAACAAUGUGAAUGUUAGUUUUUAAGUUUGCAAUUUGAGGGAUUUCUUUUUUUUUUUUUUAAGUGGUGCAUUUCAUGAGUUGCUGUCAGCAUUGGAUCUAUAUCAUUGUGCUGAAUAAUAUGUACUACUGUUAGAACCGUGAAAGGCAUCUAAGCAGUUGUAAGGCUUUUGCACCCAAAGAGGCCUAUGAUGGUGGUCUUUUCACCAAUAUAGGUCAAAAGACAUAACAAUCAGGCAAUGUAUUCGACUUAGUUGCCUACGUCCACAAAUUGAAAUUUACUCUCUCUAUCUUGAUAAAAUGUCAAGUUGGGAGGCUCACUUUUAGGCUGAUGCUUGGUUGCAAUUUAAGAAUGGAAUUCCAGAUAUACUAUACAGUUCAAGAUACAUCUUUUGUUUCCUCAAUGGGUUUGCCUUCUGCAGCAGUUUCUAGCUUUUGUUUAAUACUCGCAAAAUGUGUUUUUUUAUCAAAUAUGGCAUGUAUAUAUGGUAGGCAUAGGGUCAUCAUGUUUAGCUGAGAAUAGUGGUGCUGGAAAACUAGUCUUCUUUCGUUAACAUCACUUUGCAAGCCGAAAACUUGUGGAAGAGUAUUCACCUCGGUUCAAAGUAGGGAUGUUCAUGAGCCAAGCUCGAGCCAAGCUUGUCCAGCUCUAGCUCAGCUCAAGUCUCCAUAACCACAGAGCGAGCUCAAGUUGACUACUAGAGCUUCACUUGGCUCAAGCUAACCAGCUUGAGCUCGACUCAGCUAAGGAUGAGCCCAGUUUUUGCUGGAGCUUAGCUGCACCAUUUACUAAAAACUGGAUUUGAACCAUUUUUUACUUAUACUAACCAUGAGUUCAAAUGAGUUCAACUGAGUCAACCUUGCCUAGCUCGAGCUCCACUCACUUAUUUCAUCAAAUUUAUUUCUCGAUUCAAACUGGACUCGCAAGCUCCAGUCGACCUUAGCCUAACAAGUUUGAGUUGAGCCCCAGUUGGCUUGACUCAUUGAACAUCCCUAGUUCAAAGUUUGUGAUAAGGUUAGCAAGCUGGUCUUGAGUGGGAACAGUAGCGUUCAAAGUAUCAUUCUGCAAUGUGGCCCUAAAUGAAAUACACAUCAAUUUCAAUUUGCUUGCUCGUUGGUCAAUUAGUUUGACACACCAAAGGCAAGGCACCUGCAGUUGAAGACUCUGAAGUUGUUAAAGUAGAAAAUUAACCAUAGGACCUCAUAGGCACACAAGGCAAGGGCUCAAUAUUUGGCUUCUAUGCUGGAUCAAGCCAUAGUUGAUUGAAUACCAAGAAUAAUGAGGGACCUUUAUAGUUCCAUUGUACCUAGCCCCUUCCCCCUAUUGGAUGACCUUUUUCUUGACAUACAAAGAAUGAGAGAUUGGCCCAACCAGAUAGUGAAGCCUCAAGCAAACUGUUUUUGCAUCAACCUUCUUAGACAACAUCAGUGCAGACACCAACAGAAAUUAGUUAAUGGUUGUAAAUAUAGUUUGUAAUAGAAAGUUACCUUUACAUAGCAUAGAAUUUAACUGAUAGCGGCCAUAUGCGUGGCAAAUAUUAUAUCCUAGAACCAUGCCAGAAGUGAAACCUGCAUACCUGGAAAAAGCUGGGCUUCACAAUAUGAAUAACGGCUGGGUGAUGCAUUUUGUUUUGGAUGAGUGGUUUUUUCCAUCGCCCUUAAAAGAGUCCACUGUCCCCUUCUGUGCACACCCCCAAAGUUCAUAGAGCAAAGCAAGACUUACCAUAGUCCAAAGGAAUAACACAUUGAGACAUGUGAGUGACCAUCCCAAGUCCCUUUAUAAGGUGGACCACCUUGCCGCCCAAUGUGCAUUUACUAACACACUUUCUUAACUACGAAUUGCAAGUUUGACCGUGUAAGAAUAAGGUAUUGGGGAGUUCCAACUAGAUACCAUCAUGGAGUUGGAUCAGGUAAUAUGUUCUCAUCAUUUUUAGACAGUUUGAUAGAAGUGGCCAUCAGGUCUAAAAAACGUUUGGCAUCCAGCAGAUCAGCUUUGCAUAGUAACUCAAUCAUGUAUCUUUGUUGCUAUGGAAAUGGAACAAUGCCUUGAUACCAAGGAAAUAACAUAUGGGGCUUACAUCAUUGGUAGCAAACUCUUCAUUGAGUUUGUGUUAAAUAGAUUCAACGUAUAAUAUGAAUUUGUUUGAGAACCAUGGUUAAUUUUUUUGAGUGUCAUGGAUCUACAAUUUAUAUUUCAUUACUUUUCGAGUCAAAUUGAUGAAUUUAUAGAUACUUUUCUGCAUUGGAGUGAUUUACUAGUGUGAUCCAAAAAUAGAUAUGCUCCAAAUGCUUUAUAAUAUUGGAUUGUGGUUCAGGUUUAGACCAAAUUCAUGCAUGGGACAUGAGUCCCAUGUCAUAACCAAAAGUAUCCUCCUACAUGAGCUUUCAUGCAAUUGAAGAGUGAUUUUAAGUGUUUUUGCAAAUAGUCUAGGAAGUUGACUGACUUUAGGAUUUAUACAUAGAUAAAUGCUUAAGUAAUAUGGACAGCUCAAUCCACUAAGGAACAUGAAUGGUUCCUGAGGGGGUUGGAGUAACGACUUGGGAUGAGGGCUGGUAGACGACCAGUCUGCAUUUCAAGUGUCAAGGGUGCCACCUCCUAUGCUACAAAAGGGAGGGUCACUAAUGCACAAGUUGAAGCACAUUAUAAGGGAGGGGACACUCCAAAGCACUGAAAGCAGACCCUGUACCCUAAGAUAUAGUUUGGCGGCAUGUGGUGGUAGAGCCAGAAAUUUAAGCUCUAAUUAUACUUUAAACUUGAAGGGCAUUCAUAUAUAAAUCAUGAAGAUGACGAAGGUCCCAAUACGUGAAUAAAGUAAUUUAUGUUGACUGGUAUGGGCAAUCAAUCACAUCAGCCCACAUUUGUUUCUAGCAUUGGCAGUAAGGAUACUUUGUGAGUGUCUUAUGAAUCUGCCUCAAAGAUUGAAGUAGGUUCAUGAAGCAAUAUUUCUAGUGUUCGAUGAAUCUACCUGCAUAUGUGGGCUCUAUGUAUUCAUGAGACAUUCACAAAGUGUCUCAACUGCCAAAAGACACUUAAGGUGACAAGAGGUUGGGUGGAAUUUUUGACUCUCUACAAGGCAGUAGGUCUUCCCCUUGCUUCCCAAAGGCAUAGGAACUAGCACUAUAGAUUUUCACUUGAAUUUAAAUUUUAUUAAAUGAAGCAAAAGAUAGUCAACAAAUUAAGAUAUAAUUCAAAUUUACUCAAUAGACAUACCUAGUGCCCUUUCUUGAUAUUUUGUUGUUCUUCUUGAUGUUUGUAGCAUUUGCAUGUUAGCUUUGAUUUCAUAUGAUAGAUUGUCUACGUUCUGCAAGCUGAAGUUGAGUUCUACUCAGUUUUUUAUGGUUAGGUAUGUUAGUUUUUUAUGCUUAGGUAUAAUUUUUGGCAUGAAAUUUUGGAUUAACUACAGCGUGCAAAAAAACCCCGAGUUUGAACAUACAGCCUGGAGAUUGCUUUGCUUGGAAUUUCAAUCCCUCAAAUGAAACUAGGAAAAAAAAGCCAGAUAUGAAGCUUGUUACGUUGAUUAUGGUAUUAUAUGUAUAUUGUCAUAUGUAUUUACUCUUAGUCACUUAGUCUGUUAUAUAGUAUUGGGACACCUCAUACU